UAAUCCGUGCCCUCCAGCCAGAGACUCACGGGUGGCGCCGACUGGAUCUUUGGUCUCCGCGUAUGGGUCAGUCCCUGUUCGCAACAGGGCAGGUAUGGCCGCCUGUAACUUUGGCAGACUGAUGGGCAUCUCCCAUCGUAUUUAUAUUAUAGUUCUGUCGGUUUUUCUGCUCGUCCAACUACUGGUUAGUUUAACAGUAAUGCGCGCGUAUAUCAGCAACACCGGGGACGAGCCUGCUUUUCUCAUCAUAAGCAUAGAGAAGAGAGGCGGAUCGUUAUCUGAGGAAAGCGUCAAUAAAAGUGUGGUUGCGCGAAGCGGAGGACUGGGUCGCUGGACUGACGCAGAUUCAAGAAUGGCAGGAUACGACGAUGAAAACGAGUUUGAUGGACAUCAGGCAAUGUCUAGAAAGCUGAUACUGCAGCCAUGGGCAUCAGAACAACCCUCGUUUACUAGUGAACUGCAGCGUCUCACUCAGUUUAUCACCACACCUGAGGUGAACUGCUCUAUGGUUCGGGGUUCGGAAGAAAAUCAGUCUACAUAUUCUUCUGGUCACUCAGAUGUGUUCUGCAUUAACCACUGGAAAGGCAAAACUGGUUGUGUAGCUUAUUCUUUCAGUCUGGAUGGAAAGGAUGCUGUGUUUUUAGACACAAUGUUGCAUUUAGGGUGUGAGGUUCACCGGUUUGACCCCAGCAGAAAAAAGAGAUCUGAUGAUUUAGGGCAUGCAGCUAUCAAGAGUCACCGGGCUUGGAUAGAUUGGCGGCGUCCACACAGUCGCUCACAUGCAGGCCUCAUGGGUAAUGUGCAGCACAGGCUGGUUAACAUAAUGGACUCCCUGGGCCACACCGUGGUGGAUGUCUUGCGUAUGGAUUUGGAGAGCGCUGAGUGGCGUAUGUUAGAAAGCUGGAUUAAAGAUGGAACUCUCAAAAUGAUCAAUCAGCUCAUCCUGACCAUUCAUCUGCAGUGGGCGGGGUUCGAGGUGGGUGGAGCUGAGCAGGAGGUAGUGCUUUUCUGGUACAGUGUACUAAGAGCACUCCACAUCUCAGGACUUCAUCUCGUGCAUUCAGAACACGGCCCAGGACACACAGUACUGGGACACAAACUGAAGAACUCACACAGCUCAUACACACUCAGCUGGAUAAGGACUUGAAAGCUCCCCAGAUGGUCAUGCUAGACUCUCAGACACUGUAGCAUAACUUUUAACUUUUUUUAUAAAAAGAAAGUAGAGAGAAGUGCCUAAUAAUACUAAAAUAUCAUACCAAGUGCAUCAGUGUUUAAUAAAGUAAAGUCACAAUACAUAUUUUCAGGUGUUCCUGUAAAGCAUUGCAUUUCCAAGGUCGGAUUGAUCAUUGGGUCAUGGGUUAAUGACUCAGUUGUAUGCACUGUAAGUAGCUUUGGAUGAAAGUGUGUAAAAAAUGCGUAAAUGUACUUUGCGAACAGGAAAGUAAGGGAUGACACCAUGAGAAAAGACUACAGUAAGUUUGGUUGGCUAAAUCAUGCCUUCUAGCGGUCGUGAACGGUAGCGCAAUGAUUCAUCUCUGCAUUGUGCCCACAAUCAAAAACAUAAAUCCAUCAAAACCAAUAAUAAACGCUCAUAUUAUUUUUAUACAACAGGGUUAUGUGCAAUAUUUUAUACAUGCAUUAUUUGUAUAUGAAAUAAAAUGUAU